GCGUAUUUACCCGGAAAUAGGAUUCGUUCUGUCAGGUCUGUUGUGUAUUUGCUGCUGUGGUUUACGGCUCCUACGACCAUUUAAUGACGCUUUUCAGUUAUUUGCCAACAAAUGCCAUCAGAGACUUCUUUAUGUCUAUCAGUCUUCACUCACUCAGUCCAUGGCCAAUCAGCAAGAGUCCAUCAGCUCCAGGUCUCCUUCAGCGGACCCAUCAUUAGCAGGAUUCAGCUGCUUCACCUGGCCCCCUCCACCCGUCUACUCCUGCACUCUGACCCCUGAACUAGUAGCCAAAGCACGGGAGGAGCUACAGGAGAAGCCCGAGUGGCGUCUUCGGGAUGUCCAAGCACUGAGAGACAUGAUACUCAAGGAGCAGCCCAAUCUCAGAACAAGGUUGGACGACGCCUUCCUUCUGCGCUUUCUGCGGGCCAGAAAGUUUGACUAUGAUCGUGCCAUGCAGCUGCUCCUUAACUACCAUGCAGGUCGCAAAGCCUGGCCAGAGGUGUUUCAGGACCUGAAGCCAUCAACGGUGAAGCACGUUCUGGACAAGGGCUUUCUUACAGUCCUGCCACAGCCGGACCCCAAUGGAAGAUACAUACUUUGUCUCCGGCCAGGAAAAUGGAAACCAAAUGAUUAUCCAUUUAUUGACAAUGUGAGGGCCAUUUAUCUGACUCUGGAGAAGCUGAUCCAGCCAGAGGAAGCACAGGUCAAUGGCAUUGUCAUCCUGGCCGAUUACACCGGAGUGGGUAUGUCCCAAGCGUCCAAUCCAGGCCCGUUCCUUGCCAAAAAAAUUGUAAGCGUCCUCCAGGAUGGGUUUCCAAUCAGAAUCAAGGCAGUUAACAUCAUUAACGAGCCCCGGAUUUUCAAAGGCAUCUUUGCCAUUAUUAAGCCGUUUCUGAAGGAGAAGAUGGCACAGCGGUAUAUCCUGCACGGCUCGGACCUGAGCUCUCUGCAUCAGAACGUACCCCGGUCUGUCCUGCCAGCGGAGUUCGGUGGCACCGCAGGUCAGCUAGACAUGUGUGCCUGGUCCAGGCUGCUGCUGGAGUGUGAGGAGGAGUUUAUAGUGGAGUUCUGCCAGCCAGACCCACUACAGGAUGUGGUGCUCCCUGACUCCAUGAUGUUUGAAGGACAAGCCAGUGGGCAGGAUGACGACAGCUUUAGGGGCCUGCGCUCUCAGCUGUACUACUGUUACUGACACAUAGACUCUGUCCUGUUUCAUUUGAAACGCGUAACUUCUUCAGGGCAAGUUGCCAAAAUUCUACAUGACUUUCACUAAUAGCACCUACUGUAUCAUGGUUCUGAGGCAGGCGACGCCAAUGCAUGUACAGUGAUCAUUUGAAUUUAUUUAUGCUAUUCAAAGAGCAGCUUUAGUAGUCAGUUUCUCGUAUAAAGAGUUAAGCAGAUUUUGUCUGAUGUAAUCAUUCCUCCCUGGAGACAAAGGCCACAGUCAUCAUUUUGUAUUCAACAGAAGCUAAAAUUAGGCUUCAGCAGUAGCGAAGUGGGCAGUUUAUUGAGUUUGUAGCCAUCACAGUAUUUAUGUCACUGACUGUCCACUGUGGCUGUGGAGUCAUUAGAGACAAGUUCACUGUAGAAACUGAACUUUAACCAAUGGUACACUUUUGAUUUUACAAACUCAAGACUCGAGACUCAACUCAUCUAGAAUAUGUUUUUAUUGUGUCACCAUAUUAACAUAAAAAAGAAGACUAAAGAAAAGAAGAAAAGUAUGAACGGGGGAGUUUCUGUUGCCAGGUAAAAAGUGUUUUAUUGUCAGUAAAAGCUUCAGCGUAAGUCACAUUAGUCAUAUGUGGGUAUGUUUUAUUACUUCACUGUGGAAGUGUUUAUUAUCUCCUAGACUCCUCAGCCUGAAGUGGAUGGUUUUAUUCAAUGUAAUCAUCUAUUUUAAUGCCUUAAGCUUAAACAUAUUUCAUAAAUCAUCAGCGUUUGUGUGUAACCAGUCUUGGCUGAGGAUAGAGUACAGUAAGUGACUGCUGUGCUAGUGAGAGUAAUGUAAUAGCUCAACCAGUGAAGGCGUUUCACUUUCUAGCUCAUCCACAAUGUUUUCAAGGCCUUUGUUUCAUAAUUUGUUAUUAUUCUAAGAUCAGUAAUCUGCCUUAUGUUUAACCUGCUUGUCUGCAGUUGUCACACAGGGAAGAGGGAGGUUCAUUCCUGGUUUGAUUUACAUGUACAGUAGUUUGCCAAAUCACACACCAGGCCAUAUUAAAAUGUGCAAUAAUUUUCCACCUGUUUUUCAUGGUUCCUAGAGUUAAACUUAGAGGAUUCAUUUGGUCUUUUAUAUUUUUAUUUCCAGCAUGUUUGUGACUAUGAGCUGUAUUGUGUUUUAGGUUAUUUCAAUAGUGUCAAAUAGUAAAGGAAACUCAAAGAG